AUGCAUCACCUGUCUAAAGGCGACGACGAAACUUUUGAUAUUCAUCUAGUUGAGCCUGAAGGGCAGUUUCGGCCGACAAGAAUCGGUGACCUUGAUUUCUCUGCUGGUUCAUGGGCUUCAAGGAUUGGCAUUCUGUACGACGAACUUCACUUGCAAGCCACAGAAUGGAACGGGGGGUCGUAUUCGCUGAAUAGCUUCGAGUGGGCUCAUAAUUCUGAUCAAUCCGAUUUGAGAUUGGGUGACGAUGCUGGCAAAGAAGCACGAUUCGCGGUGUUAUACGACAAGAUAAGGUGGAAGGGAAUUACCCAGUUAUCGCCACAUUAUCCUGUAGUACUGAGCGCAUGGGACAUCCGCGGGCGUGGAAGUCUAUACGGCGAAUUGCUCGUUGUCGUGAUUCAGAAACUACGGAACUCCCUUGCAGCCUGUCAUGUUCAACCUAUUAACGAGGAACCUAUCCAGCAACUAAGGCUUAGUCUUGGCAGUGAUGCCGAGGUGGGACAGGGUCUGGCAGCCGCCGGUGGGAAGAGCAUCAUCAAUGGAGAUGCAAAUGGUUAUGUAAAUAUAUGGGAUAUUGGAACAAUACAAACAUACUUGAGUACCAAAAACGGCAGCCUACUACCUGCACACAAGACGUCAGUGACAAGUCCAGAUGAAAAGAUACUGUCGCUCACAGCGCAAUAUCAUAAUAGUGCCCUCAACAUUUAUUGCACAACUGAUGCUGGCCGAUUAAUAGCAUGCGAUCCCAGAAAGUCUGGAAACCCUGCCAGCGCGAUUGAUUCUGCGCACAAUUCUGCAGUCACUACAAGCGCUUAUCACCCUACAAAGACACAUCUGCUAUUGUCAGGAGCAAACGAUGGUACUGUCAAAUGGUGGGACACUCGAAAAAUGGUUAGCCUAUACAACAAGACACCGAUCCCGAUGGGAACAUUAAAGGUUCAUACAGACCGUGUGAACAAAGUUGAAUGGUCACCGCACCAUGAUUACAUUUUCGCCAGUUGCUCGGAUGAUAAAAGCGUUGUUAUCUGUAAUAGUGAGCGUGUUGGUCACGAUUUAAAUAGCGAUUAUACAUUUCAACAUGUCGGCCACAAGGAGAGGGUGACAGAUAUCUCUUGGCAUCCUGCCAAACAUCACCAGUACACUAUUGGAUCAGUAUCUCCCGGUUCCGCAGACAACCCCGGGAUGAUUCAAGGUGAUUCCAAGUCUAUUUCAUAA